UUCUUCAGAUGGUCGAAAAUCUGACCUUAUUCACUAAAACUACACAGAGUUCCUACUUCGAUACCCUUAAGACCAAUUAAGUCUAAUGAUAGGUCCCAAGUGUUUUUGAUGGCAAACUCAUACCCAUCUCCUUCAAGCCUGUGUUUUGGAUGUGACAAGACUGUAUUAGCCGUUAUAAUCAAAUCGGAACAGCUUGCCACUAGUGUCUGCUACUGUGCCAGUGAUAGAGCUCACAAGAAUAACUAAAGGUAAUUAUUACUAGAAACGGAGUGCCUGACAUAAAAGUUCCCACUACAUAGAGAUGGACGCAAUUGGAAGACAUAAAGUGAGUAGUACCAUCUGAAACUCUUAUGUGGUGAUGAUUGAAAAGUGCCAUCCAUUUAAUUGUUUUUUUCUCAGUUUGUGAAUAAUUCUUCGUGGUUCUAUAAUUCCUGAUCAAUUCAAAUAGAAAAUGGAUAUUAUUAUCAAGUGGAUGACAAGUUAUAACUACCAAAACGGAUUAAGCUAGACAUCUUGUUUGUUUAAUUAUUUUGUAUACAGAUUUCGUGAGGAUUUAUAAUUACGUAUAUCAUAUUUAGAAAAAAGAAACGUUUGAGCAACUACCUGUGCCUGUGAAUUCUCCAUCAAUAAAAUUGAAGCCAUCAACGGAGAAAACAAUGAGCGGAACCGCGGAGGAGGGUAAAACACAUGUUAUAAUUGCAGGGUCAAGUCCAUCACCAACAUGGGCUGGAAAGAGAACAAAGUUGGAGGGUCUUCUGAUCACAUUAUUAGCUUUAUUAGUCAUGGUUGUAUUGGUACUGGUAGUGGUAUUGGCAGUUAAAUCUUCAAAUGAUGAUUCAACAAACCCUGGCAUCACUCACGACAUGCACUCCUCGAAGUCAGAAAAAGCGAAAUACAUAUCCACCGGGCAAAUAUUUUAUGAUGAUAACGGGCAAACACAGCAAAUAUACUUGCCCACGUCCCAAAUUAUUCAAACAGAAGAAGGGGAAGCAGAAAUCUGUUUAACGCCAGCGUGUGUUAAAGCAGCUGCUCGGUUAAUGAAUGCCAUGGACGAUUCUGUUGAUCCUUGUGAAAAUUUUUUUGAUUAUGCUUGCGGAAAUUGGAAUAAAGUGAAUGCUAUUCCUGAUGACCGAGCAAGUUAUAAUACUUUUGGAAAGCUUCGAGAUGAUAUUCAAGUCAUGGUGAAAGAUUUGUUAAAUAAACCACCGAGUGACAAAGAUAGCGCUGCCAUGAAAAAAGCUAAAUAUCUUUAUGUAUCCUGUACCAAUGAAACUUUAAUUGAUCAGCGUGGUUUGGAACCAAUAUUGAAUCUACUUAAUGAACUUGGUACCUGGCCUGCUGUUGUUGGUGAUAGUUGGAAAGAAGAAGAGUUUGAUUUGAUUGAUCUGAUAAUUAAAUUACGUUUGUAUAAUAAUAAAAUAUUAGUUGAUCAGUGGGUUAGUGCUGAUGAUAAAAACUCAGAUGUUAAUAUUAUACAGCUGGAUCAACCCGAUUUAGGUAUGCCAUCUAGAGAUUAUUAUUUAAAAGGAAGAAACAAUAAAGCUGUAUUAGUUUACGAGAAAUUUGCGCAGGAAGUAGCUGCUUUACUUGGUGCCAAUAAAACCAUUGCUGAAAGGGAUAUUGCUUUAAUGAUAGAUCUAGAAACAGAAAUAGCCAACCUAACAAUACCCCAGGAUCAGAGACGAGACAAUGAAAAACUGUAUAAUAGAAUGACCAUCAAAGAAUUAUCCGAGAGAAUUCCAGGGUUUGAUUGGUUGAGAUAUUUACAGCUUGUGUUUAAAUCUGUUAAUAUUUCUAUAAACGAAACGGAAGAACUGGUUGUUUAUGCUCCGGACUAUCUGGAAAACAUGGUCAAACUUAUCAACAGAACUGAAAAAAGAGUUUUGGCUAAUUAUUUGUUUUGGAGAAUUAUGAUGAACCGAGUGACUAACCUACCGGAUAAAUUUAGAAUUAUUAGAAAAGAUUAUUACAAGACUAUAUUUGGAUCUGAAGCAGAACGUGCUAGAUGGCGUGACUGUGUUGGUUAUGUUAUUGAUAAUGUUGGUAACGCUGUCGGCCGAUUAUUCGUAGAGAAACAUUUUGAUGAAAAUGCUAAAAGUAUUGCUUUAGAAAUGAUCCAUAAUAUUAGAGAAUCAUUUUAUGAAUUAUUAACAGAAGCACAUUGGAUGGAUGAGAAGACGAGAGUCGUAGCAAAAGAAAAGGCUGAGAGUAUUGCUGAGAAAAUUGGUUAUCCUGACUACAUAUUAAAUAAUACAGCUCUAGAUGAAGAAUAUGAUGAUGUAGAGUUUUACCCAGAUAAAUAUUUUGAGAAUGUCUUGGCUAAUAUUCGUAGUAUAGCUAUCAGUAAUUUAAAGAAAUUACGAGAUCCUGUCGAUAAAACAAAAUGGUCCACAACACCAGUAGUUGUCAAUGCUUUCUACAGUUCGACUAAAAACCAAAUUAUGUUCCCUGCUGGUAUCCUACAACCACCAUUUUAUAACAAGGAUUAUCCCAAAUCAUUAAACUAUGGUGGUAUUGGAAUGGUUAUUGGACAUGAAAUCACUCACGGCUUUGAUGAUCGAGGACGUCAGUUUGAUAAAGAUGGUAAUUUGAUACAAUGGUGGGAUGACGAAGUUAUAGAAUCGUUUAAGAACCAGGCUCAGUGUAUUGUUGAUCAAUAUGGAAACUAUACAGUACCAGAGGUCAAUCUACAGGUGAAUGGUAUUCAAACACAAGGUGAAAAUAUUGCUGAUAAUGGUGGAUUGAAAGAAGCAUUCAGGGCUUACAGAAAAAUGGUUGAACAUGAUGAACAUGAGAAACGAAUACACUUACCGGGCAUAGCUCAUCUUAACAAUUAUCAACUAUUUUUUCUCAAUUUUGCUCAGGUAUGGUGUGGUACGAUGAGACCGGAGGCAGCAAUCAACAGGAUCAGAACAGGUGUACACAGUCCAGGUAGAUUCAGGGUAACGGGCACACUACAAAACCUUCCAGGAUUUGUUGAAGCUUUUAAAUGUGCUAAUACCUCCUAUAUGAAUCCACCAGAGAAAUGUCGAGUUUGGUGAGGGGUGUGGUUUUAUAUUCAAUAAGAAAAAAAAAAAGAAGUCCCGAUCCCUGCUAAAAGUUAAUGAGCAAUCAGUAUUGAUGCCGGGUAAAGAAAACGAUAUUCAUAAUUUUAAAGUGAAAGCAACAAGCACAGAAAAAGUUCAUAGUGUUAAGCCUAUAUUCGUUUUUUGAGUGAUUGGACUCAAUGCGUAGCCUUACACAUAGCAGAGAACGAUACCUAGUCAGAAUGGGUAGUGUACAUAUCAAGUCAAUUCGAAGGAAGUUUGUUGGCCGUUUGGUUAUUGGGUAACAAUUACCCCACGUGUUCAGCCCCUUUCUUUGUUACCUCUUGGGUACUGGUAUUUCAAAAUUAUAUAUAUAUAAUGCAUGAUUUUUUUUCCACUUUAUUUUUUUUUUCUUAUAUUUUUUAUUUAUAAUACUUGAAUUGGUUUGUAUUACGUACACGAAGGAGAGGAUAUAGAAUACUAUUUUGUGAAGAGGUUUGUUUUGUAUGGAUCGCUAUAUAAUGUGAAUUUGAAAUGAGAAGAUCUAUUUUUGUAAAUAAAUUGUUAACCCAUAUUUUCUAUGUGUACUGUAUAUGUGACCUGUGAUAGCAGAAUGAGUCAGAAGUCGCAAGAGUUUUACAAAAAUAUUAAAAUAGACUAAAAAUAUCUUUUUAGUGAUAUAACACGAAAGGUAAAAGUUUAGAUUAGUCGGCAGUCUCAAGUUUUUUACAAUAUGAACAAAAAUGUUAAAGAUGCAUUAUGAAGAUUUAGAUAAAGAGCUGGUCAUUCUUGCUACAAUAGUUCGAAAAUAGAUAAUUUAAAAUUAAUAUAUUAAAAAUUUCAUUCAAAUUACUCGAUUGCCUGUGAAGAUAUUAGCCUUUGAUGGUUUGACAAGAUGUAUGCCUUAAUUGCAGCCACCAUACUGGAUGUUCGAAGCUAAGCCUCGUUUCUCCAUUUUUAAAUUAAAUCAAAAUAUAGCUGAACCGUUCUAAUCGAGAGUUGAUCAAGGUCUUGUCAUGUUAAUAAAUGUCUAAUUAAUAGUUUAGAUAACAUUUCAGGCCUAAAGAAAGACCUGCAAUAGGCAGAUUUAGCUCCUGCAUAAUGUAUGUUUAACAUAGGCUAAAGCUAAACAUGAAAGGUAAAAAUGAAUAUUUGAUAAAUAAAAUAAACUGAUGUUAAAUUAUUUUGACAUUUUUGUUCAUUAAUCACAAGUCUUUUACUAUAUGAACAAAAAAGUUAAAAAGGCUAAAAAUAUAUUUUUAAUAAUAUAACAUGAAAGAUAAAAGUAUAGACUGACAAAUAAAGCAAAUUAAAUUUCUUUGAUGAUACGAACAAAAAUGUUAAAAUAGGAUAAACAUGUGUUUUUAAUGAUAUAGCACAAAAGUUAAUAUUUGACAUAAAAAGAAAAUUGAUUUUUAAAAAUAUUUUUAGCUUAUUUCAACAUUUUAGUUCAUAUAUUGUACACAAUGACUUGCAACGUCUGACUCUUUUUGUUCAUAUAUCGUUAAACAUACAUUAUGCAAGAGCUAAAUCAGCCUAUUGCAGGUCUUUCUUUAGGCCAGAAUUAUUUUCUAAAUUAUUAAUUAGACAUUAUCCAGGCCAUAAUUAACUCUCGAUGGCAUCAGAUUUCUCUGAUAUUAAAUAAAUUAGAACAGUUCAGCCAUAUUUUGAUUUAAGCUAAAAAUGUAGGAGCGAGACUUAGCUUCAAACAACAAGUACGGUGGUUGAAAUUAUUGCACACGUCUUGUGAAACCUUCAAAGGGUAAUAUCUUCGUUCGCAAUAGAGUAAUUUGAAUGAAAUUUUCAAAUUAUCCAUUUUACAUUAUCUAUUUUCGAACUAUUAAAGUAAGAAUGGCUAGAUCUUUAUCUAAAUCUUACAUAAUGUAUCUUUAACAAUGACUUGUGACUCAUUUUGCCGUUACAAGUCUCGUAUUAAUACCCUUGUAUAUUAUAAUUCAUUUUAUUAUUACUUUACAUCUUCAUAUAUUGUUAUAUUUUACUACUUUCUUCUUGACCUCAUCUUGGAAAAAAAAGUACAUUAUUUUUUUUUGCCGCGCUGUAGUUUUAAAGUAUUUUCAAUAUGCAUAUUUUAUUUAUUAAAAUCUCUGUGCGUUAUUUGAGCGAUAUCGGAAUCCUUUGCAAACUACAAUAUUGUGAAAGUUGAAUAUCUAAAUAGGAAUAAAAAAAACAUUAUUAUUAGACAAAAUUCAAAGUUCUAAAAAUCUGUAUCAGCAAAAUAUUAUAAUCAGCAAAUGGACUGUUGGCCAUGUACAAAAUACAUGAUGAACAGUGGUAACAGGUGUCCGAAAGAGUAAGCCUGGUGCCACACCCGCCAUAGCUGCAUCCAAACCAUUAGACAAAGUUGAUGUCAAGGAAUUUCGGUUGCAUCUCAAAAUAAUUUUUGACCACAAUUUUUUAAUGUUGCAGAAGAAAUGAAAGUUGUUUGAAGAUUUGGGAGGGGCUAUAUUUACACAAAUGUAUAAACUGUACUUAUCUCAUAUCUAAACUUGAGAUUUUUAAUAAUUAAUUUGGAUGUAACAUUGACGAGAAAUUAUUUUGAGAUGUAACCAAAAUUCCUUGACAUCAAAUUCUUGAUCAAAUACCUACAAAUGACAGACAGAGAAUUUAAUGAUAUUUUUACUGUGAGUGCUUGUGUUAUGUUUUUGAUGUUUUGUAAUGCACAGGUUUUAUAUAUGUAUAUCCAUGUAUUACGACAUGUCAGAUAUUCUGACCAAAUUUCACUUGAAAUUAAUUACUUUAGCUUUUUAUGUUAAAAUGGUACAUCAUUGUUGUGUCAGUCGGAUUCAAAUACAGAUCUAUUAUUUGUUUCGUUUUUUUUAUUCUUUCGAUGGCCUCUACUACAUGAAGAUCUGCCAAGUUGUAGCGAUAGGUCGCGUCAGAGGGUCAUACGCACGGCUUUUGACCCUAUGAUGUCAGAAAUUUGAUUAACCAAUCAGCAUUGAUGUUACUUGUUGAUUAAGCAAAGUUCUGUGCAAAACACGCCUAAAGCUCACUGUAACAGACUGUUUCAUUGGCUAAUUUCUCAGACCAUUCAGUACAUGCCAAUGAUAACAACUCUUUCAGAUCCUAGUGUAGUAAAGACAAGUAAAACGAAAUUUUGAACUAUAAAAAACGAAACGAAAUAGGAUCUGUGUUUUAAUCAGAUUUUUGUUGUGUUUUUUAAAUUGAUGCAUUUUUUUUUCGUGGUUCUGUAUUACCAGAUAUAUACUCAAUAUUUGACAACGUUCAUAAUAUUCAUUUAGUUAUUAUAACCAGUGACCUCACUUAUUUUUCUGUUGUUCAGAUUGGUAAAUCUUCACAUCUACGGUAGGCCUAUACAUCUAGGCCUUAUUCAUGAAAUAAGGAUGCGGUCCAUUUCAUUGGUUAAAAGUUAAAAUCAUAAUACAAAUUUUGGCUCAUAACCAAUGAAAAAGCUAUAUCCUUAUAAUAUUUUAUUGAACAGGGCUCCCUGGUAUGUUAACUGUAUUAUAUCAAACAUUAUUAUUAUGUAAGAGUUAUCUGCCUUGUACCUAGCAAGGUGUUUAAUUUGCCACUCGGCAAACCUCGGCAGAUUCCAGUAGCCUACAUCUAGCCUUGGCUGUAUGAUGGUAAGUGAUAUGUACCUACACCUAUACAUUUGCGAUGUGGCACCGGUUUACUUUAUUAGGAAUUUCUCAAAAUUGCGUCGUUCGAAGAGUGUGUAGAAUUUUCAGUGCAAAGUUGUCCUUGUUUAAAGAAAAUCGGAUAAACUUGAAAGAAAAACAUCUUCAGACUUUGAAAUAUUUGUAUGAUAAAACAUUCUUCAAAGCAUCGUCAUGGGCGACUCCGUUGGUAAUGCGGGAACUUGAAAGUAGUUCCAAUGGCGGACUUUGUGAUACAGCCGCGGCUAGAUGUAGAGUACUGGAAUCUGCUGAGGUUUGCCGAAUGCUUAAUUUGCAACAUAUGUCAUUGUUACCACUGAAUGAGCAUUGUGUGGUUUGUAAUGAUUCUUGACUAAUCCCUUUCUAAUCUACUGUAAUGGAAGCUUGAAUGGAGCUUGUUAUAUAAAUACAUUUGAAGCCUGCUAAUUAAUCACCUAUAACUGAUUACAAAUCAAUGCCUGAAUGUGUUUAUAUAACUUCAUGAAGGGCAGGAUGGUAGAGAGGCUUUACCCUUCUCAAAUAAAAUGAUUAUUAUUAUUUCAUCUGAGGCUAUUGUCAUUGAAUCAGACAUUAAUCUUAGCAAUAUCUUGCAUCUUUGAAGAAAAGUUUCUACCUUUGAAUGUUAUUGGCUUUAAAAUGCAUUGUGAACAAAAUGUUCUACAUUAGCAUGUAACAAAGUUGGCUUUAUUCAGUCAAUGACAUGCAAAGACAUUUGGUCUGUACAUAUUAAAGUAAUUGUUUGUUGUUAAGCAAAAUUUCUGUAUAUUUUUUUUAUUCAAAUUAUGAACUAUUCUUCAUUGAAUUUAUUCAUUUUCAAACCAGGAUCUGGCUCCAUACACUUGGUGAUUUUCGUGUUUGGAGAAGACGAUCUUCAUAAAAAGCCUGAGGUUAUGUUAAUUUGAAUAAGUUCGACAUGAAAAUUGGCAUGUUUGUUCUUUGGACAAUUGCGCAUAGAUUGAAGGAUUUCUAUUUUGGAUAUGAGAUUAUAAUUCCAAGAUGGCUGCUAUGACAUCAUCGUCGGUCCCUGGUUCAUCUAAUAUGAUGGUCCUGUUCGUCUACAGACGCAAGUUCUUCUUGUUUUAUUUUUGUUAGAUGUCAGGAUCACCAUAGUUAAAUACAGUGCUAUAUGCUGUUUUCUUUUUCUUUUAAUUUUGUUUUUGUUCAGCUGCAGCGUCGUUUAUUUGUUCUCUUUUUAUUUUAUAGAAAAUGUUUUUGUGUUAUUGCAUACAUAUUGAUAUUAUAAUAAAAGAAAUCCAAAACUC